AUGUGACACAACCGUCUGCUACUGCUAAACUCCUACUGCUGGUAAUGUGCUAUGUGCUGUAUACCACCCAUAUUUGUGAAGCGUGGAAAGCCCUAACCUUUAUCGUACUUAAUGAAAAUUUUAAAAGUUGUGUGAUACUUGCAUCAUUUAAUUUAACAAGAAUUGUGUUUAAAUAAAGUUUGUCCUGUUCUGUAUUCCUUUGAAAAUGGGCGAAGAAGACAAGCUUGAGGACGUAGAAGCUGGAGCAGAUACAAAAUCAAAAAAGGCUUUAAAAAAGGCAGCCAAAGAUGCUGAAAAAGCAGCUAAGAAAGAAGCAAGAAAAUCUGCUGGACAAGGAGAAGGUGAUAAAGAGGAAACAGACGUGUCAGAAGGUAAAUAUGGUACUUUUGGCUUAAUACGCAGCAGUGAUGAAGAUAAAAACCGAAAAACUUCAUUUACUCAUAUCAAAGAUUUAUGCCCUAGCAUAACAAAUCAAGUUGUUUUGGUGAGAGGCAGAUUACACACUAGCAGAGCCAAAGGCAAGCAAUGCUUUAUGGUACUACGUCAACAGCAAUUUACAGUUCAAUGCUUGGUUAAUGUCUCUGAUACUGUAAGUAAACAAAUGGUAAAAUUUGCAUCAAACAUAAAUAAAGAGACAAUUAUUGAUGUCAUUGGAUUAGUAAGCAGUGUGCCUAAAGAGAUUGAAGCAUGUAGUCAAAAAUUAGUUGAAAUUCAUGUUCAAGAAAUUUGGAUUGUAAGUGAAGCCAAGAGUCAACUUCCUCUACUGAUCGAAGACGCAGCAAGACCUGUCAAAGAUGAUGAUCAGGAAGGCCUCAAUAUUAAGGUAAACCAAGAUACUCGUUUGGACAACCGUAUACUAGAUUUACGAACACCAGCAAACCAAGCCAUUUUUAGAUUAGAAGCUGGAGUUUGUAGACUUUUUAGAGAUAUUCUUACUGACAAAGGAUUUGUUGAAAUUCACACCCCUAAAAUUAUCAGUGCAGCAAGCGAGGGUGGAGCUAAUGUAUUUACAGUUUCCUAUUUCAAAUCAUCUGCAUACUUAGCUCAAAGUCCCCAGUUGUACAAACAGAUGGCUAUUGCUGCUGAUUUUGACAAAGUGUUCACAGUGGGAGCUGUGUUCCGAGCAGAAGAUAGCAACACACAUCGCCACUUGACUGAAUUCGUAGGUUUGGAUCUAGAGAUGGCAUUUAAAUACCAUUAUCAUGAAGUACUAGACACAAUAGGAAACACUUUCACAGAAAUAUUCAAAGGUCUUCGUGAUAAGUAUAAAACAGAAAUUGAAACAGUCGGUCAGCAGUUUGCCGUUGAACCAUUCAAAUUCCUGGAUCCACCACUACGUCUGGAAUUCUCAACUGGACUGAGCAUGCUGCGAGAAGCAGGAGUGACAAUUGGUGACGAGGAUGACCUUAGUACCCCUGAUGAGAAACUGCUAGGAAGACUUGUGAGAGCUAAGUAUGAUACCGAUUUCUAUAUCCUGGACAAAUACCCUUUGGCAGUACGGCCAUUCUACACAAUGCCUGACCCAACAGAUCCUAAACGCUCAAACUCUUAUGAUAUUUUUAUGAGAGGAGAGGAAAUCAUGUCAGGUGCUCAGAGAAUCCAUGAUCCUGAAUUUUUGACCCAACGAGCUCUCCACCACAACAUUGACAUUGAGAAGAUAAAGUCCUACAUUGAUUCCUUCCGGUAUGGAUGCCCCCCUCAUGCUGGUGGCGGAAUAGGAUUGGAGCGUGUUGUCAUGCUCUACCUUGGACUUGACAACAUUCGGAAGACUUCCAUGUUUCCACGAGACCCCAAGAGAGUAACUCCCUAGUUCACUCUUUACUGGUUAGUCAUAAAGUAGAAUUUGGCAGACUGUUGGUUUUUUAUUAUAAUUCUUCAAAGUCCGUUUUUAUUUAUCUUUAAAAUAAAGCUUUUUUGUAUAAUAGCCACCUGUAGCAUUUUAAUCAGUAGGCUACAUAGCGAAAAUUGGUUUUAUUAAUAUUAAAGUAAUUUUUAAUUGUCAUAUAUUAUUUCAGUCAUUAAUUUCUAUUGCAUCCAAAUUAUAAUAACUCAACAUCUGAACAAAUUUCAUAGUCCUAGGUUUUGAAUGCACAAUUUUGAAAUAAUUGCAAAAUGGCUUUAAAACAUAUUGUAAAUUAUGUCUACUGUGUAUGACAGAAAAGAUAAUUUGAUAAUAAUUUUCUUUUAUUUCAAAGUAGUAUUUGGUUGUCAUAUGGAGAAUCUUGAACUGAAAUAUCUGCACAAUACAAAAUGGGCGUAACAAAUUUAGCCUAUUCAUCUAUUCUUUGGUUGUUUUUACUGUCAGAAAAUCAGCCUCCUAAUUGAGGCCUCUUUUCUAAAUUUUACUUAUCACUUACUGUACCUAUUAAAUCAUUUUGUAAAUUCUGAAGUCUAAAGAAAUUAAAUUUAUUAUAGAGUUUCUAAGUAAACUAUUCAAGUAUGCAUUACAAGAGUUAUGUUAAGGUAAUUUUACUAAUAUUUUCUGCAGAUUAGGUUAUGUAUUGUAGUUUUGUAGUUUAAACUCGUAGCUGUAGAUUUUAUUUUUAACUCAACAUAAACAAAUGAGUUGACUGACUACAGACUGAUUACUGAAUUUGUAUGAGAAACCUAAUGUUUAUAAUUAGUAUAUUAGACAUUAAAGAUUGAAUACCAACUCUUUUACUAAUAUGACUGUAUCUAAGUAAUUAUUUUAUCCUUUUGAUUUGGCGUACUGAACUAAGACUUAGAUUAUUUUUAAGCAGAUAUUCGAAAUAAUAGUGAAAUUUUUUUGAGAAAAAGUGUCAACAAUAAAAGAAUCUUCUGUAAUGUUUUUAUUAUAUCCUAUUCAAUCAACCAUUGCUAUAAGAGCAACAGUAUGUAUUUAUGUAAUACAGGGUUCAAGGCUAGCUUUAACUUUGGUUUGGGUAAGCCGAUAAUUAUAACAUAAGUAUGUAGGUAGAUGCUAUAUUUAACCUGUCCAAGUCAGCUCAAGAUGGGUGUCCGUACUACUAGUACAAACACAGCUGUAUUAAUAAUAUUCAACUAAUUACUUAAUUGCUAAUUAUAUAAAAACAUUAAAGUGAAUACAUAGCAAAGUAAAAAUAUGAUUAUGCUUACAAGAUUAAACAUGACCUCAUAUUAUGUGUUUAAUGCUUCAGAUAUUGGUUUUAUGUUGUUGACUAACACGUCUUAUAUGUUAGAAAAAUGUUUAAUUCCUGCACUUAUAUUAGUUCAUCAUUAGUAGGCUAUAAUUUUCAGAUAUAAUGUAUUUUUUGGAUGAUAGAAAAUAUUCAGUACAAAUACUAAAUCUUACUAUUUCCACAAACGUACUGUUUAAUUGUAAGCAACAAUUAUUUAUUUAGAAAAGAGAAAUCAAAUACGCUUUCACACAUGUUAAAAAUAGAAAAGUAUAAAUAAUGUACAUUAGUACUAAAAUCCAUGUUAAUAAAAUAGUAUAUUAUUAAUUAUAAAAAUGCAGUUGCUUAAAAUACACAUUAACACUAGAUGCACACAAGGUCAUAUAGUUUAUAUUCAACCUUCAAUUUAGGUCAAAUUGUUUAAAGUGUAAUUGAUUUUACUUGUAUAUUAUGUAUACUAUAAAUUAUUGACAUGUACGCUAAACAAAUUUUUUAAUUACAUUUUAUAAUGUAUUAUACAACUGUAUAAAUUUUGUAUGCCUAUAGUAUUUUAUACAUAACUUCAUUGAAGGGUUGAUUGUAUGGCAAUUAUAAACAUUUUUGUAUAUAAUGAUGGCUUUAAGUUUUUUUAAAUACCUGGGUUACUUUAUGUUAUUAGAGUAAUUGUGGAAGGUUCAAGAAAAUAAUUGUGUUAAUUUAACAAGUUAACUUGUUCUUUUUAUGUUUGUAAUGGUAUAUUAUUAAUAUAUUGUGUUGUUAAUCUUAAAUCAAUAGAAAACCAGCUAUAGUUAAUUUUGUAUUUCAGUGAAACAAAACAAUGUUGAUCGAAUCAAUAGGUAUGAAAAUGCAUUGUAUAGUACAAUAGGGAGAUGUUCAGUAGUGUGACUAAUGUUUAUCUCUAUUGAGUGCUUUUCAUUUAUCUCAGGUGUAUAUUUUUGGGUGUUACGGUUGCAUUUAUGUAUUCAUAUACUUUUGUCUGGUUGUUUUUUCUUUGAGAGGAGAUUAACUGUCUUACUAGCAGAACAUUCUAUGUAAGGCCUUAUAAGGAAAAUGUGAAAUAAAAUAAAUAUUUUGUCAAACAUA